AUGGCUCCAGGCUCCAAGCGAUUCCUUCUCACCUCUGUCCAGGGCAUGGGGGCUGUCUUCUUCCUCCUCCAGAUGAGCUCCGUUCGGGCUGAUGGGAAGUUGUUUGCACUUGGAUCCAGGAACAGCUCUCAGGGUCUGGAUCUAGCAGCAGCUCAGAAAUCAUGUGCUGACCUGGGUGCUCGAUUAGCCACCGCAGAGGAACUGAGGCGGGCUGUACUGGACUGUUCUUUUGCUGUGUGCGCCAGAGGCUGGUUGGCUGACGGUACCAUUGGGACAAUGGUAUGCAGUAAGACAGGCAGCAAGCAGCAGAAUGUGAAAGCCAUUGAUGUUAAAAUUGAAACCGACCCCUUUCUGAGUGGCAGAUAUGAUGCUCUUUGUGUGAAGGAUGAAGACAAGCCGUGUGGGGAUCCACCAUCUUUCCCUCACACAAUCCUGCAUGGUCACACUGGUUUUGAAAUGGGCGAUGAGCUGCUCUAUGUUUGUGCCCAGGGCUACAUCAUGGGCAACAAAGACACUGCUUUUACAUUGCUCUGUGACAGCUGUGGAGAAUGGUAUGGGCAAGUUCAGGCCUGCGUCAAAGAUGAGGCUGAAGCACACAUUGACUACGAAGAUAACUUUCCAGAUGACAGAUCUAUGCCUAUUACUGAACAUAAGGAUGACAGUGGCAAAGAGGAAAGGGAGCAGGGGCAAGAACAGGAUUUUUCCCUCUCUAAAGAUAUAGAGCCAGAAAGGACUGGAAGCAAUGAAGGUGUUACUGAAGCUAUGGAUUCUAUUGAGAAAGGUAGCAAGGCACCAACAGAAUCCCCUGUGUCACUACUGAGCCAAAAACACUUAUUUUGGUUCCCUACAGAGGCUUUUAAUAAUCGUGAGUCAGAGAAAAACACAGAUGAUUUUAUUAAAACACAAUUUUCUGAUGGUGACAACCACAUUGGAGUGAAAACCAUCUACAGUGAACCUGAUGCCAAAAUGAUUUAUGACAGUGAGGAUUUCCCUAUUGGGCCUGGUUUGGUGAACAAUGAUACAACAGCAGCAAAAGAUACAUUUGCCAUUACUGAUGAAUCUUGGUUAGAUGGUUACCCUGUAACUCAAGAAGUAAUGGAGGAUGUUGAAGAGAAGGAAGAUAAAGUUGAUAGCUCAAUGGGAACAGAAGACGACAUUAUCUUUACAAAUGACCAACAAAGUCAUGUUGAAGUUAGAAAAGUAGGCAAUACCUCCGAUCCAGAAAAGGAUUUAACAAAGAUUGUGGCUUCCUCACCGAGGAUGCAUGAUUAUGGGGUGAAAGAAAUGCCAAUAGUGCUAACACCUACAAGUGCUCCUGAGAAUGUAAGUGCUAGCAAAGGCUUUGAUGAUAUCAUCAAGUAUCACCUAACUACAUCUCUGGGUUUUGUGACUCGUGAGUCUGCCACAACCACAACAUUGUAUGAUCCUACCAGAUUAAAAACUGCCACAUUAGAAACCCAUGUAACAGUCAGUCCAUUUAAUCAUAUUCCAGAUCCAAAGGCAGAACAAACAACAGCAAAUCCAAUACAAGUGGCAACCACUGUAUCAACUCGGGAUGACAUUACUCACCCAUCAUCUAAAGAAUUAAUUGAACAAGAAGCUGUCACUCAUGGCACAGGAGAAAAACGUCUCCCUACUUCUGAACCUUGUGUUGGAGAAGAGUGUCCCAGAUCAAGCAAAGGUCCUAUGAUAGCUGUCAUUGUGAUUGUUUUAUGUUUGCUAUUGCUUGCCUUUAUAUUGGCUGUUUGGUUCUUCAAAAAACGGCAACAGAAAAGUUCUGUGUAUAAACUGAAUGGAAAAGGUCAGACUAGACACCAUCACCAACAACAUAUUGAAAUGCAGAAAGUCUAA